AUGGCGGACAACCAGACGCCCGAAGUCGACCUCGACAACGUCAUCGACCGUCUGCUUGAGGUCCGCGGCUCGCGCCCGGGCAAGCCGGUGCACCUUGAGGAGUACGAGAUCAAGUACCUGUGCCUCAAGGCACGGGAUAUCUUCAUCAACCAGCCGAUCCUGCUCGAGCUCGAGGCGCCCAUCAAGAUCUGCGGUGACAUCCACGGACAAUAUUACGACCUGCUGCGCCUCUUCGAGUACGGCGGCUUCCCGCCGGAGGCCAACUACCUCUUCCUCGGCGACUACGUCGACAGAGGCAAGCAGUCGCUCGAGACGAUCUGCCUGCUGCUCGCGUACAAGAUCAAGUACCCCGAGAACUUCUUCAUCCUUCGCGGCAACCACGAGUGCGCGAGCAUCAACCGCAUCUAUGGCUUCUACGACGAGUGCAAGCGGAGGUUCAACAUCAAGCUGUGGAAGACGUUCACCGACUGCUUCAACUGCCUCCCGAUCGCGGCGAUCAUCGACGAGAAGAUCUUCACCAUGCACGGCGGCCUCUCGCCGGACCUGCAGAGCAUGGAGCAGAUCCGGCGGGUGAUGCGGCCGACGGACGUGCCGGACACGGGCCUGCUGUGCGACCUGCUGUGGUCCGACCCGGACAAGGACAUCAGCGGGUGGAGCGAGAACGACCGCGGCGUCUCGUUCACCUUCGGCCCCGACGUCGUGUCGCGCUUCCUGCAGAAGCACGACAUGGACCUCAUCUGCCGCGCCCACCAGGUCGUCGAGGACGGCUACGAGUUCUUCGCGAAACGGCAGCUGGUGACGCUGUUCAGCGCGCCGAACUACUGCGGCGAGUUCGACAAUGCGGGCGCGAUGAUGAGCGUCGACGAGACGCUGCUGUGCUCGUUCCAGAUCCUCAAGCCGGCAGAAAAGAAGCAGAAGUACGCCUACGGCGGCAUCAACAUGAACAAGCCCGUCACGCCCCCGCGCAAGCAAAAAAAGGGGGGCGCCAAGUGA